GGCAUUAUGCAGUAGUCGGAGUCGGGCACUCCGAGCACCGUCGCCCGUUCCCGAUCGCAAUCGAUGCCUGAUCUGGAACGCAGACACCAUAAUCUUACCUCCGCCUCGAUUGGUCUAUCUGCCAUCCCGCUGGAUGCAUUACCACGGACGGAGUCCGCUGCUAAUGUUAAUGGCACUCUCUCCCACGUCAACUUUGACUCACAUCUGACACAUAGCUUCGUGUUCGGGUUCGGACCUGUUUGGGUCCCCACGGAGAAUCAAUUUUACGGUGUAGUAGUUUCGGCAUCUGCGAUCUCGCUACUUCUGUUGAUUCAUUUGAUACUUAUCAACUCCGCCUCCUCCAAAGUCCAACGAGGUGAUUGACCCGACCCGUUUGCUAUCUUAUCAAUAACCUGACGGCUCCGUAUAUCUAUCGACCUGCUACUAGUAUGUAGGUGAAACUCCACACGGAGUCGGAAUGAACGCUAGGUAUAUGAUAGAUACCGCAUGCGCUAAGUCGGAAGGGUACCGAAGCCGAUUCUGACAGGGCUCCUCCAGAGCAUAACCUCGUCCAUGCUGGAUCGGAAGAUUUAGGGCGGAU